UCAAGGUAUUAUGUUGUGUUAAUAUAACUGAAACAAAUAAUUCUUAUUCAAAAUAUUUUUUUCGCUAGAGAAGAGAUCAUUUUCUAAGUUCGAAUAUGGAAGCAGAACCUUUAGAGCUUGAAGAUGGCGAGGUUGUCGAUGAUGAGCCAACCGAUGUCUUUGAAGGAUACAACGUAUUGCAGAGGCCUCACAUGAUACGAGCAACAGAAGGACAGACAAAACUAGGAUACAGUGAUGAAUCAGAUGAAUCUGUGGAUACAGAAAGUGAUUCAGAUUCCGAUUCAGCACAUACUAGAAACAAAAAACCUAAGUUGAAAAUAAAAAGAUCCAAAAGCUUAUCUAAUAAUUGGGGAACAAAUAAUGAUAAAUACAAAGUAUGGUGUACACAGGUGCAAGAAGAAUCGUUAACAGAAGACUUAGUUUCAUGUGGUGUUACAAAGAAACUCUAUCAAGAACGUAGUGUUGAAAGUUAUAAUUUUACUCUUCGAUAUCCAUCAAAUGCUAAUGGAUCUCGUAACAAUAUUAGUUCAGAUGAUGAGAAAUAUACUGGACAGAGAUUAACUAAUAAAAGGACAAAUUCUGAUAGACAAAAUGUACAACUUAGAUUAGGGAAAAGAAGAAAUUCAAUGGAAGUUGAUUGUCAAAAAGGAUGUAUACGUAUUAUAGCAGAUUUAAGUACAACAAUAGAUUCAACAGAUUCAGAUGUUGCAAGUGAUAUUGCAGAUAAACUUUGUGAAAAUAAGGAUCUCCUUAUAAGUAGAAUAGUGAAAAUAAUUGGAAAAGAAAAAGCAAUUGAUUUUUUUCAAAAAACAAAAAAAAUCGAAGAAAAUGGUGGUUUGUUAAUAAUGAAUGGAUCUCGUAGAAGAACAGCAGGUGGUGUAUACUUAUGGCUUGUAAAAAAUGAUGAACAUAUUCCACAAGAAAAAAUCAGAGAAAUAUUUUAUAUCGAUAAGAAAAAAAAUGUGGAACAAAAGAAAAAAAUACAGGCUGAUGAGAAAAGAAAAAAAACACAGGAGCUUAUGAGAAGUCUUGAAAAUGGUUCUGAUAAAGAUCUUCCAGCUUUAUUAACGAGAGCAGAGUUUUCAACCAGACAGAUUGCAGAAGAAGCAAGAUUAAGACGUGGUGUAGGAAUGGAUAGAAUGCCUUUAGAUUCUGAUCGUACAGUAACUAAUCCUCCACCUAGUCCCGUUACAGAUGAUCCAGAUCACACUGAACAUCACUCUGAACAUUCUCUUCAAUCAAGACAAGUUCAAGAUUAUGCAGAUGAUUUUCUCGACAUUGGUAUAGAUGUAGAUAGCAUGGAAGUGUUUUAAAUAUCCUGAUUGUAUCCCACGUACUGACAUCAAAAGUACAAUGCAGAAUAAUAGUAAUUUAGGCUACAAUGUAUAUAUGCAAUAAAAUUGCAUAGUUUGUACAUGCUCAUCAUAUUCAUAGAUGACAACAUUAGACUGACUUAUAUUGGAAUAAUGCAAUUUUUAUUUGCUAUGUAACAAUUAUUUAUUCAUGUUUAUAUAAUAAUAUAAUUUAUAGAUUGUAAAUAUUUCCAUAAUGUGCAUACUAUUAUUUUGCUUUCUUUACUAGAAUUACAUUUUGCUCCCUAUAUUUUUAUAUUGCAAUCUAAUAUGUCAUUUAUGAAUACAAUGAGAGGAGAUCUGAAAUAUGUAGCCGAAAUACGAGAUAAACUAAAGAUAAAAAUAUUGCAAGAUACACAUUAUAUUAUUACAUGAAACAAUUUAUACUGAAUUUAGGAUGAUAAAUAUUGUCCAUGUUAAUGUUUUUAGAAACAAAUAAAAUAGAUUAUAAUUUGUACUAUGAACUAAAAGGACUAAAUAUUGUACAAAAACUUUUGAUCAUUACUUGAUAUAAUCAAGUUGUUAUAAAACUAUAAUUCUGUUACUGUCAUUUUGUAUAUUUAAGAUUUAGCAAUGCCAUGAUUAUAAAUUUUCACACUAUAAUAUAAGUAUAAUCUGUGGAUAAAUCUUUAUAUCAAAUAUAUUUUAUGAAAUUAUAUUUUUAGACAUUAUUAAAAUAACAAGUAUAAUAUU